AGGAGCUCCCUAUCUCCAAAGAUGGUUGAGGCACUAAUUUGUGCCCAAAACUGGCUAUCUCCAUCAACUGCGAAACUAAAAGGCGUUGAUGUUGAUAAUUUUAAUAAUAUAGAGCAAGCUGUGGAAGGGAAGGAAUUUGAAGUGAUCGAGAAUAUGGGAAGAAUUCAAGUGCUGUUCAAAUGGAAGCAGUAUGAGGAUAAGAUGGUUCGUGGGAUGAAUAGAAGCAGUGGUCAUUAUCAAUUCGCUAUCUGGAAGCUCAAAAGCCAAUUGGUUGUUCAGAUGACACAUGGCAAGUACAGCGAUGCAUGGGCCUUUUUGUUGUCCCUGUCAAGCCCACCAAAAAAGCCCAUCCAAAUUACGAUUUAAAGGGAAACACGCUCACCCUAAUCCCGUGCACACCCUCCUCCAUGUGAGGAUGUGAGCUUACCCGCAAUCUCACACACAUGCAAAAGCUUCUCCAUGCUUUCUUUCGGCUUUCAAGCACUUCUAGAUUCUUUUUA